CACGUUUUUAUGUUUUAUUUCUGUUUUUAAUUGGAGCUAACAUGCUCGUCGCGCGAGACUCUGUUCAGAAAAGUGUCACUUUAAGGUUCCUCACCUGGCAGACAGGUGAGAUGAUGAUGUCUUCAGAUCAGCUGUGUCUGAACAUCUGCAGCAGUGUUUCUUCGUCUUCUCCAUCCUGCAGGAGGAAACCUCUAAGUGCUCAGCAGAGAUGGGCCCGUAAGAAGCAGAAUGCAGAGAAGAGGAGGAUGGACUCCUCCUCAGAGGAGAAGAAGAGCUGCUCUAAGAAGAGGAGAGAGGAGGAGCCUGAAGCCCCGCCCCCUGCUGACACACAGACUGCCAACACAGAGCAAACUGACAGGACACCACCGAAGAAGAAGACGACAGAGAAGAAGAAGAAGAUGAAGAAGAAAGAGGAAAAGAAGAGUGAGGAGGACACAGUGAAGGAAACAGGAAGAAACAUCAAGACGUCUUCUCUGUUCAAACACAACCCUGACAUCCCAGACAUCACCAGGCCCGAUGUUUCUCAGUUGAAGGAAAAGAUUUUCACCAGCGACUCAUUUUCAGACCUGAACCUGCACCCACACCUGGUGGCGACACUGAACAAAGUCCUGAACGUUUCCACAGUGACCAGUGUUCAGAAACAGACGAUCCCGGCUCUUCUGUUGGGACGAGACGCUAUCGUUCGCUCUCAGACCGGAUCAGGGAAGACUCUGUCCUACGCCGUCCCGCUGGUCCAGAGUCUGCAGGCCACACAGCAGAAGGUCAGCAGGUCAGACGGUCCUCUGGCUGUCAUCAUUGUCCCCACAAGAGAGCUCGCCCAGCAGACGUUUCAGAUCUUCCAGAAGCUUCUGAAGCCAUUCACCUGGAUUGUCCCUGGAGUCCUGAUGGGAGGAGAGAAGAGGAAGUCAGAGAAGGCCAGGCUGCGUAAAGGCAUCAACAUCCUGGUGUCAACUCCUGGUCGUUUGGUGGAUCACAUCAAGAACACGCUGAGCAUUGCCUUCAGCGCCGUCCGCUGGCUGGUCCUGGACGAGGCCGACCGGACGUUGGAUCUGGGCUUUGAGAAAGAUCUGACUGUCAUAUUAAACAGUCUGAACUCUAACGGGCCACGCCGGCAGAACGUGCUUCUGUCCGCCACGCUCUCACAUGGUGUCACCCGAUUGGCGGACGUCUGUCUCAACGAUCCAGUCAGCAUCCACGUGUCUGGCCCCGCCUCCUCUGACAUCACCUGCAGCUCUGCCGUGACCUCCGAUGACCUUGGCGCGGCCAGCCAAUCAGAGAGCUUCGCCGUGCCGGAGUCCCUGCAGCAGUUUGUGGUGGUGGUUCCCAGUAAGGUCCGGCUGGUCUGCCUCGCCGCCUUCAUCCUUGACAAGUGCAAGUUUUCUCAGAACAACAAGCUGAUCGUGUUUGUGUCGAGCUGCGAAGCCGUCGAGUUCCUGCACACGCUUUUCACCUCCGUCCUCUCAGCAAAUCAGAAGCCUCAACUCAGCUUCCUGCGUCUCCAUGGCAACAUGAAGCAGGAGGAGCGCUCGGAGGUGUUCCAGCAGUUCUCUGUGUCUCAGGAUGGAGUCCUGCUGUGUACGGACGUGGCAGCCCGAGGCCUGGACCUGCCGCAGGUCACCUGGAUCAUACAGUACACGCCCCCGGCGGCGGCGGCAGAGUACGUGCACCGCGUGGGGCGGACGGCUCGUAUCGGGGGCCAGGGCAGCAGCCUCCUCUUCCUCACGCCGGCUGAGACCGCCUUCAUCACCGAGCUGGCCAAUCACAACAUCAGCCUGGCGGAGCUGAAGCUGCAGGACAUCCUGUCCAGUCUGAUGAGGGACGACACCUACAAGGGGCGGGGAAAGUAUCACAGCAAGAGUUCGUCUGCAGCUCUGCAGCAGGAGACGAGGGAGCGAGCAACGGUUCUUCAGACAGAGUUUGAGAACUUUGUUCACUCAGAUAAUCAGUCACAGCAGAACGCCAAGAAAGCGCUGCAGUCCUUCCUGCGGGCGUACACCACCUACCCCGCCCACCUGAAACACAUCUUCCACAUCCGCUCGCUGCACCUGGGACACACCGCCAAGAGCUUCGGCCUCCGGGAUGCCCCGCAGGGCCUCAGCGCUGCCACCAGAGGCCCCCAGGGGACCAAGACCAAGACCCAGAACCAGAACCAGAACCAGAACCAGACCAGGAGUCCAGUCAAGAACCAGAACAAGACAGCAGGAGGGAAGAGGUUCUCUCCCGGUCAAAGGGAGGCCGGUCUGAUCCGAUCAGAGUUCUCCAGCGGGUUGGACGGAGCAGACGCCAAAAAGAAGAAGAAGAAGAAGAAGAAGAAGGCGUUUGGUCAGUCAGGAGAGGAGGAGGUAUAAGGAGAUAAUAAAUUGCGUGUCUUCCUUCAGCUGACGAGCUUUAAUAAUCUACUGAACUAUUUUCAGGACUUUUUAUAGUUGAGUUAUUCUCAGAUUAUUAUCAUGUGAUCAAGAUGUUUGUUAUUUAAAUAUAAACAACACGUAUUUCUACUGUUUGAUGUCUUUGAUGAUUUAUUUUUCAAUGUUGGAAAAUAAAAAGUUUUGCUUUUGAGGGCAAAAAAAAACAGGAACCAUCUGAA